GUAUUAUGAAUACAGAUCAAUAUCCUUUUUCAUGCCAUUACAUUUUCUUUACCUACUCAUUUGAUUGUAAACCUAUGUUUAAAAAUGCUUUUGGUUAUAUUAGGAGUUUCAAAGUCAGGGCUCCUUUUUCUGAGAAGAGCUUAUUUUCAGGAAUACUUUCCUUGGAAGAUCAUUCGACAAUAGAGCAAGGACUGGAGGCGUUGGAUUCAUUGUCAGGAAAGAAACAGUUCCAAGGAUAGUCAGCUGUGACAUCAUAUCACUCUUGAUAGCAGUUCUCACACUUCAGACAAAACAGAGAACGAUUAAAAUUAUUCAAGUGUAUGCUCCCAUGCAGCAAGUGGAAGAUGAAGAAAUGGAACCUUUCUACAAAGAGCUGUAGGAGGUAAUGCAGGGAUGUAUGAGGACAAGCUGGACAAAGGUGAUUUUCCUUGAUAAAUAAUUUACAGUAAUUUCAAAAUAACUAUUUGGGUAAAGUCUGAAGCACACUGAUGAUGUGAAAGAGAGUGGAUGCCUCUUCUGAAGACCCUACCGAUUCUCUGGUCUUUUUUCCUACUCCACAUCCCUGUUGACCCAGAGAACUAGGUUGCUGCUUGUAUCACCAGCAUGGAUUACUCCCAAUUUCUCUCAACAGUAAGUGCAGCGAGAAAGGAAAAUCUUAUAAGACUUGUAGGUAGUUUGGCAGAGAAGAAACCCUCAGUAAUCAUGAUCUCUGGAGGCAUGCCAAAUCCUAACCAUUUCCCAUUUAAAACAGCAAGUUUCACUAUUGAAGAUGGAACCACUAUUGAAAUUGGGGAGGCAUUGAUGAAGAGAGCCCUCCAGUAUUCCACCACAGAAGGAAUUCCAGAGUUGUUGUCCUGGCUAAAGGAUUUACAGAUGAGUCUCCACAAUCCUCCCACUGCCAAGUACAGUCCUCAUCAGGGCCAAAUGGAGAUCUGUAUCACCCCUGGCAGCCAGGACGGCUUGUCUAAAGUGUUUGAUAUGCUUAUCAAUCCUGGAGAUAACGUCCUUUUAGAAGAGCCCAGCUACUCCGGGACUCUGUCAGCACUGAAACCACUGGGCUGUAACAUUAUCAAAGUCCCUGCCAACAAGCACGGUAUUAUUCCAGAAGCUUUGAAAGAAAUUCUUUCCAGGUGGAGACCAGAAGACGCAAAAAAGCAGAACAACAAUCUCCCCAAGUUCCUCUACACUGUUCCAAAUGGUAGUAAUCCAGCUGGAACCUCACUGACUGCUGACUGCAAGAAGAAGAUAUACCAGCUUGCAAGAUGUUAUAAUUUCCUUAUAAUAGAAGAUGAUCCAUAUUAUUUUCUUCAGUUUGAAAAGACUAAGGCACCAACAUUUCUGUCAAUGGAUGUUGAUGGUCGAGUGAUCAGAUGUGACACUUUUUCUAAAAUUCUCUCUGCUGGGUUGAGAUUAGGGUUUUUAACAGGCCCCAAACCUCUUAUUGACAGAGUGAUUCUGCAUACGCAGAGUUCAACGAUGCACACCAGCACUUUCUCGCAGAUCCUAAUAUCAGAACUUCUUCACAAAUGGGGGCAGAAGGGUUUGCUGGAGCAUGCAGACAGGGUAACGGCAUUCUACAGGACCCAGAGAGAUGCAAUGCUUGCAGCAGCAGACAAGUGGUUAAAAGGUUUGGCAGAGUGGUACGUCCCUACUGCUGGAAUAUUUUUAUGGAUUAAGAUUAAGGGAAUUUCUGAUACAUACCAGAUGAUCAUGGAAAAUGCUUUCGAGAGAGGGGUGUCUUUGGUUCCUGGACAAUCAUUUAGCUUUGAUAGCUCAGCUCCGACUCCCUAUUUCAGAGCUUCCUAUUCUUUUGCUUCUCCAGACCAGAUGGAUCAGGCUUUCCAGAAGCUGGCUGAGCUUAUAAAAGAAACUGUCUGAAAGGAUCAGAACAAACUGGCAUUUUUAGAAACCUAUGUUCAUUGACAUUUAGAAAUUGUGUGUCUGAUUUCACUGACAAGUCUAAAGGAGUGAUUUUAUUCUUACUUUCUGUAAUUGCACAUAACUUUUAAUUUUAUUCUUACUGGGCAAAUUUGCCAUGAUGCCGUCAAGUACCAUGAUACCUGACAAUAAUUAGCACAGAGACAUAUAGUAGAACAUUACAUUUUCAAAGCACUGUACAAAUAUUAACCAUUUAGUGCUGAUUUCUGUGAAUUGGGGAAGUAACUGUUAUCCCCAUAUUACUGAGGCAUGAAAAUGAGGCACAGAGUUUAAGAGACUUGCUCAAGAACACACAUAGGUCAGUAUUCAAGUUAGAAAUCAAGAGCUCCUGACAGCCACAUCCAUCCCCAGGAUCUGACCACUAGACCAUUGCUUCCUUUCUUCCCAGACACUGUACGUACAAAGAGACGGGUAUAGGCACCUCCUCUAGCCACUCGGGAAAGCCCCCAUACAAUCUCUGUGUAGCAGCUAAGCACUGUGGUGCUGAGGGUCUCAUGCUAAAACUCCAAACCACAGGAGAACUUUACCCUAUGUGAACUAGUGUGUCUUGCAGUGUAGGGUCUCUGACUAGGCUAGUCCCUAAGUAGUUUAAAAUUAAAUCCAGAAGUGAUAAGUCUAUGAAGUGAGAAGUCAUAGCCACAUUUCAGUACACCACAAUGUGUGUUGCUUCAACUGAUUUCAAUAGAGCUAUGCCAGUUUACAUCAGCUGAGGAUCUAACUCACUAUUUCUUGUCCUGAUGAGACAGAAGCAGCUCUGAACAGAAGCACCUUGGCAGGAGUGGGAAGCCCCUCAGGCAACGGAAGGCAUUCUCAGAAGAGAAGGAAAUUAUUAGCCUGCUUGAAAGCUUAGCUUCAGCAAGCAAAUAAACCAGUGGCUCUUUUUUAACUGGAAACAAAUUUUAAGAAUCUUGUGUGAUUGAUGUUUUCUUUGUAAAAAGUGAAAUGCACCAACCUGUUCCAAUGUGACCUCUUAAAAUUCCAGCACACAAUAGAAACUCAAUCACAGCAAAGAGCACUUCCUUCUAUAAACCACAACUCCAAAACAGACAAUGCUAAUGUAUCUAAGGAUUUUAUAUUUGUAUGUUGCUAAUGUAGUAUCCAUCCACAUACAUCCUCCGUAAUCUUUUCUUUGUGUAUCUGAGUGUAAAGUAGAAAUGUAGGGCAUCAUGCAUAAGUGCAUUGUGGUCACUUUGUACUGGCUAAGCCAACAUAAAACGGCCUUUAUUCUCCCCAUCUUGAGAGAAUACCCACUGGCACAGUCUCUCUUUACUAUAGGAAGGCCUGACACUUCCCACUAUAGGACCCUGUUUUCAGUUGCUUGUAACAUUGCCAAACUUUAACUGUUUAGCCUGAAAUUUUCCUUGCCAGGUGCCUGCACAGACAACCUUAGUUCUGGCAUUGCCUAACUCUGAAUGCUUGACUUUGCAACCUUAAUGAUGUGUUUUAAUGUAGGUUGGUUUGUUUUGGGGGGCUUAGGCAGAGGAGUUGUAUGUUUUAGUAUAAUAUAUAAAUAUAUACAUACACAAGAGAGGGAGUGCGAACUGUCUUUUGGCUAGUCUUAAGAAGUGCCUAGUCUUUGUAAGAAUAAAUCAACUGUAAAGUAAUCAUUUAAAUUCUAUUUUUUUAAUUUUCGAAUGUUUUUUGAUUGACCUCUUGAUUGGUAUCAAGCUUAAAUGGCAUUUAAUAUGGAUCUGUAUUGAAGGUUCCAUACUGGCACCAAGAACACCUGUCCAGAAUAGAAUAAUAUAGAAUAGAAUUAGAGAAGCUGCCGCUGUCUGAUAAGACUAGUUUACUGUUAUAUGAUCUCUUAGACCCUGGUGAUUUCCUAUGUUACAUGCAUUUAUUAAAACAUGUACACAUUGUCAUAUCAUUUUAUAAUGUAUUCAUCUUUAAAUUGUAUUCUACUUGAUGAAAUCCAUAUUAAACGUAUACAGAGAGACAUUGUGAA